UGUAACUCAAUCAUGAUUCAUCUUCUUCGCCUUACCCUUGUGGAAUUUAAAGUGGGCAAGUUUGCCACUGCAUCAUCUUCGGCUCGCCGCACAGGCGCCCACUCGCCCUCCACCUCUCUCAAAUCCAGGUAAUCUACUUUCUAAAGUUCGAAUUUCUCUUUGCAUGUUGAUGCUUCAUAUUUAAUAGUCCAUGUUAAUUAGCUUGUUUAUUACAUCACCGUUAUUCUUAUUCAAUUCAUCAAAUUUUGAUGGAUUUGAACGUGUUGCCGUUGUUUAGAAUUGAUGAUUUCUGUACACAUUACGGAUUACACAAUUAGGGUUUCAAAUUGAUGGAAGAUUGAAUUGUUGUGUAUUUCUGGUCACUGAUUUUUCAAUUGGAAUUGAUAUUAUGAUUGGCAGUGCAAUUGUUUCCCAAUUGAGAGUCGGAAGUUACUUUUGAUUGGUUUCAUGUUAACUUGGGAAAUGUUGGAGGACUUAUUCUGCAUUUUCCCCCCAUAACUUGUAAAAUUGUUUCAUUGUAAAUGUAAUUGUUUGUCAAUAGUCUGAAAAAAUUGGAUUGUUUAAUCUAAUUCAAAUUACCACUUAACUUUAUCAGGCUUCAUUUGGUUCACUGACUGUAUUAUUUAAGCAUUCUUGUUAAUAACUGGCAUCAAUUAUGCUGAUUUGCUUAAAUAAUAUAAUCAAUUAACCACUCUUCCUACACCACUCUAAUCAAUCUGCUACGCAAAGUCAUACUCCGUCGAUUAACGGCAAGUGAAACGAUAAAAAACAAAGAAAACACAAAUUAGUGUUGCUAGAAAAUUCUGGACACUUUCUUCUACAAUACAAUAAUAUACAUUCUGUAAUUUAUAGCCGGGUCUUUUGGAGAGAUGUCUUGUGCAGUGAGUAGUUGUGCUUUCACACUAUCCCCCCCCCCCCCCCCCCCGUCUCAUCAGGCUAAGUUAUCUGAUUUGCAAGAUUGGAGAUUGGUGUCAAUUUGAAUUAUCGGAUCCGUUCUGGGUUGACUUCUGGUGGGUCUAUUCUUUUUGGGUCGGGUUCAAACGUGUCAAUUUCUGUGUUGGGUCUGGUUAGGUUGGGUGAAGUCACUAUUGGGUUGCGUUGCGUGACUUGGUUCGGAUUAUUUGUCUGCUCGGUUCAAGUCUGGUAUCCAAUAUGCAAGACUAUAGGUCAUUCCGAAUAUACUAAGUAUAGUUACAAGGGUUGAUGUUGAUGCAUUAACUACUACUAGUUGUCUACUACUACUAUAUCAUGGACAAGUUGCACCAAAAAUAUAAUAUGGACAACUUGUCAAUUGGUUGUCUACUACUACUAUAUCAUGGACAAGUUGAUAAAACUCUAAAAUGGCAUUUAUGUACAACUUGUCAAUUGGUAUCAAUGUAUUAAAUUUUACUGGUUGAGUGCUGUUCAUGAAAGCUGAGAUGCAGGACAUUAUAUGUAGCAGUACUUGUCUGGAUGAUAGUCACCAUAUUUCCCCACUACUACCUUCUUCCUUGUAAUCUUACUUUUUCCCAUCACUUGACCUGCUAAUUAAUCUUCUGACAUCUCGCAAACUGAAAAUCCCGAUGGCUGAGCUCGGAAUUUGCAUUGCUGAAACGCUGAUUGCAAUGGUUGGUUCUACGGUCAUCAAAGAGAUAUGUGACAUGUGGGGUUACCAAUCUGAACUUGAACAACUCAACAAAACUGUAUUCACUAUCAAGAAUGUGCUCCUUGAUGCUGAGUCAAAGCGAGAGCUGUCAAAUGAAGCAAGCGGCUAUAUCGAGGACCUCAAGGCUGCUGUUUAUGAUGCUGAUGAUUUGUUCGACGAGUUCCUCACACUUGCUGAGUUGAAGCAACUUGACGGCAACAAGGAUGAUAAAAUGUUCAAAAAGGUACGCCGCUUCUUUUCUUCAAAGAAAAAGGGGGUGAGUCAAGCAUAUAAAAUGUCUCACCAGGUUAAAGACAUUAAGAAGCAGUUAGAUACAAUUGUUGGUACCCAUCAAGAUUUUGGGCUUAGUGAUGACUAUAGACCUAUUAUUAGGAGAAGAGAGGAAACUUUUUCCUACUUGGAUGCAAAGGAUAUUAUUGGGAGGGAGAAUGAUAAGAAGGCUAUCAUACAUAUGUUGCUAGGUCCCAAUGAUGAAAAAGAGGAUUUCCGUUUUGUGACUAUUGUGGGAGUGGGAGGUUUAGGAAAAACGGCUCUUGCCCAACUUGUGUAUAAUGAUAGAGCGGUUGAAAAGGAGUUUCCGAAUCCGACCUUAAAGUUGUGGAUUUGUGUCUCGGAUCAAGAUGGGGAGCAAUUUGAUGUGAAAGCAAUCCUGUGUAAAAUUCUAGAGUUAGUAUCCAACAAUAAACCUAGUUAUACCUCUACAAUGGAAUUAGUGCAGAAACAAUUUCAAGAGGAAUUGAGAGGAAAGAGAUUUUUACUUUUUCUUGAUGAUGUAUGGAAUGAGGACCGGAAGAAGUGGUUGGAUCUGCAAAAAUUCUUAAUGUUAGGUCAAGGUGGGAGCAGGAUUGUGAUAACUACACGUUCGGAGAAAACGGCAAAUGUUAUAGGAGAUAAACAUACCUAUAAGUUAGAAGGUUUGUCACAAGAACAUUCGUGGCGUUUGUUUGAGAUGACAGCAUUUGAAAAGGUGGAUGAACAUGUCAAACGUUCCGAAUUAGUUGAUGUUGGGAAGAAGAUUGUUGAAAAAUGUUAUAGCAUUCCUCUUGCUAUAAAGGUGGUUGGGAGUCUUCUAUUUGGUGAGAGUUUAUGUAAGUGGCAAUCGUUUAAAGAUAGUAGAUUGGCUAAAAUUCGUACAGGUGAUAAUGAAAUAAUGUCUAUAUUAAAGCUUAGUUACUAUAAUCUUAGAUCCUCGUUAAAGAACUGCUUUACCUAUUGUGCAUUGUUCCCCAAGGAUUUUAGAAUAGAUAGAGAGAGGUUGAUUAGUCUUUGGAUGGCACAAGGAUACAUUGUGCCGUUCGAUGAAGGUCAAAGUGUAGAAGAUGCUGCUGAGGAACAUUUUUUGAUUUUGUUGCGUAGAUGUUUCUUUCAAGAUGUAGUGAGGGAUGAAUAUGGUGAUAUCAUGUCAGUUAAAAUCCAUGACUUGAUGCAUGAUGUUGCUCAAGAAGUAGCGGGGCAGGAAAUUUGUGCACUAAGUUCUAAUGAAAACAACUUGAGAAAUAAAGUCCGUCAUGUGUCUUUUUCUGGUAGAUCAUGUCCCGAAAGCUCCAUCUUUAACAAUAAGAUUCGUUCUUUUAUCAAUAAAGCUUGUAAAGAACCUUUAGUAGCCACACAAAUAGACAAAUGGUUGUGCCUGAGGGUGUUGGACUUGCAGUUCUUGUCCGGUGUUGAAAGUUUGCCUGACUCAAUAGGUAAGCUAAUACAUUUAAGGUAUCUUAACCUAUCGAGUAGUUUUGAAUUGAAGGUAUUGGGAGAUUCAAUUACUGAACUGCAUAACCUGCAGACAUUAGAUUUAGCUCGUUGCACAAAGUUGAGGGAGUUGCCAAAAAGUUUUAGCAAACUGGUAAGACUUAGAUACUUGGAUUUGAGACAAUGUUUCAUGUUGAGGGAAAUGCCUUCAGGGAUAGAUAAGUUGACUAAUCUCACAUACUUAAAUUUAUUUCUGUGUAAUAACUUGUUUGAUAUGCCUUUAGGCAUAAAUAAGUUAACUAGUCUUAGAAAGCUACCAUACUUUGUGGUGGGUAAGAGAAAGUCAUAUAAGGAACGCUGUGAUGGGGAGCUCAAAUACCUUAAAGCUCUCACCGAGCUAAAAGGUAACCUUCGUAUCGAAAUCCAUGAUGAGGAAGGCAUGAAUGAUAGUGGAGGGAAGUAUUUGAAGAGCAUGAAAUAUCUCACGGAGGUUAUAAUCGAUUUUAGCCGUUGCUGUGGUGGCCAUGAAGUUUUAAUGGGAAAGUUGGAGCCUAAUUCAAAUCUCAAGGGUCUUAUCUCAUGGGGCUACGAGGGUACGAAAAUUCCAGGAUGGGGAAGAGCAACGGAUAAUUGGGCUAUCUCAUUCCCACAUCUGGUAAAGAUUGAGCUUUCAAAUUGUAAGAACUUGGAGUACAUACCAUUGUUGAGUCAAUUGCUUUAUCUGAAAUCGUUGUCACUUGAAAACUUGUCUAUGUUGGAGUAUAUGGAGAAUACAGGCAGUAGAUGUAGCAGUAGCGGAGAAGGAUUCACUUCAUUCUUUCCUUCUCUUGAAACUCUGCACAUUAAUUGUCAUGAAAACUUGAAAGGGUGGUGGAGGGGGGAGGGAUUAAUUGUGGAUGAUGAACAUCUCUUGAUGAGGAGCUUGGGAUUUCCCCGUCUGUCGAAAUUGACCAUACGUGGCUGCCCUAGCCUGAUAUCAUUUCCUCCUUGUCCGAGCCUCGAAGUUUUGGACUUUUGCCCUGGGAAUAAAGCAUUGCAAAUCAGCACAAGGGAUUCUGAGAAUGAGACUACUACUGCAACUGGAAUUUCACAAGAUGGCGUCAAAUUAAGGAUUGUGAAAGUAGAUAACAUUGGUUAUCUCAGAUUGUUACACCCACUAUGUCUUACUGACCUCUGCAUAGAUAAUGAUCCAGAGUUGGAGAGUUUAUCACAAGUUGAAGAUGUAUUGCAGAUCUGCGGUUCUUCCUUGCGUUGCCUUACACUUCUGAAUCUUCGCAAUCUGAGGAGGCUUUCAGGAGAAUGGUCAAAGCAUCUCACUUCCUUGGAGUCAUUAAAGUUGGUCCGUUGCUCGCAGUUGAGAAAUUCUGACGAAGACGAAGAGGAGGAGGAGGACGACGACGACGACGACGACGAGGAAGAGGAAGAGGAAGAGGAGGAGGAGGAGGAGGAGGAGGAGGAGGAAGAGGAGGAGGAAGAGGACGAUGAGGGUGGCAAUACGCCAUGGAUUUCCCUUCAUAAGAGUCUUCAUUCUCUGGUAAUUUUAAUGUCAGAGAUGAGGAGUCUGCCCAAGGGGAUACAAUACCUGACCUCCCUCCAAAGCCUCCAACUUUCAUGGUGUAGUAAUAUGAAAACACUUCCAGAAUGGAUAGGCUGCUUAUCAUCUCUUCAAUCCCUCUCCAUCGAAAAUUGCCGUGAACUCAAAUCACUUCCUGAAUCGAUGCAAAACCUUACUUCCCUUCAGAGGCUCCAUAUAGUAUGUUGUCCAGACUUACAAGAACGAUGCAGAAAACCCAACGGGGAGGACUUGCCCAAAAUCCAGCACAUCCCCAUCGUUUCUUUCAGUUAUCACCCUGAUCACAAAUUCAAAAAUGGGAUGUACUAUUGACAUUCCCAUUUUGAAAUGCUAGAUGCUCGCCACCUCUGGUCUUCAGCUUGCGAUCAUCAUUUAGUCAAUUUAUGGAUUCCUGCUUAUCAGUUACCAGCAUACAUUUAUACAGUACUCAUUUCCUGCGAGGCUUUCACAACACCAAGAACAAUGGAACUACUUAAUACAAUUUUGCUUGGAAGCAUUUUUUCUUUCUUUUUGGCAAAUCGGCAUAGGACAACAUCAUUGUCUUUUAUUGUCAAGUUUCGGUACAUAGAAAACUCCGAUGUUGCUGUGAUGUUGAACUAUUGAAGUGGUAGGGGUUAUAAAUGACAUUACUUGUACAAGAAAGGUUUCUGGUUAAUCUUCUCAAUUAUUUGAUGCUGUAUUUCGAUAUUUGAAGCUCAUGUGUCUAUGACUCUAUGUGGGUUGAUCUAGAUCGAUACUUGCUGUAUAUAUUUCAGUUAAAAUUUAACUGUCAUUUCUUAAAGCAACUAUUGGUUAGUAUUGCAAAUUUGCAACUAGCACUUUUUGUGAAUUUUUGGUUGUUAUGCUAUAAAAGUAUUACUUUCUUAUA